CGCUCUAUUUCCUGAGACUCUUCAAUUCAGAUCCUAAAAAGAAUUGUUUCAAUUCUCCAUUAACGGAUCAGGAUUCUGAAAUUUAGAAAAGCUCCACAAGAACCAGAACGUCAAGGUGGUUUUAACUGCGAUCGCCGAUAAAAAAUCGAUUUUUUCCAUUGAUCUGCAUAGUCAAAUAGCUGCUCGCAACUUUCAGGUUUCAUUUUAGCUAAUUAGGAGUUACAGAUGGUUUCUAUUCAAGGUCCAGUGAUGUAUCCUGCCAUUCGUGUUGAACAAGUUGGGCUCUUCACCCUGCGGGUGAAUGGUCCUUUGGUAAGGGCAGGACUGCUGAGAAGUGAUAUAUUUGGAUUCAAACGGAUUAAUGGUUGCAAGAGUAGGCUACAUGGUAUUACUCGCAGACUAAACACGAGGAAGUGUAUGACAGUGCAGUGUACUUUCAGUUCGUCCUCCAAUGGUAACGGCAGCAUGGCUGAGAAUUUCAAUGAAAAUGAUGAGGAUUAUGUCAACUCCAGUGUAGUUGAAGCCGUUGAGGUGAAAAGUGGAGCAGAUGGUUUUGUGGUCAAAAUGAGAGAUGGUCGGCAUUUGAGAUGUGUCCAUAACAAUCCUCAAGGUGGACAUCUUCCGGAUUAUGAUCCCCAUCCUGCUAUUGUGCUGAAAAUGGAAGAUGGGACCGGUCUUCUUCUUCCAAUUAUUGUUUUGGAGAUGCCGAGUAUAUUGCUCAUGGCUGCAUUGCGCAAUGUCCAAAUUGCUAGACCUACAAUGUACCAAGUGGUGAAAGAGAUGGUGGACAAGAUGGGCUAUACAGUCAGGCUUGUCAGAGUUACUAAAAGAGUGCAUGAGGCUUAUUUUUCUCAGUUAUACCUCACAAAGGUAGGUGAUGAAACACAGAGUAUCUGUUUUGACCUUAGACCCUCAGAUGCCAUCAACAUUGCUGUGAGAUGCAAGGUACCUAUACAAGUGAACAAAUACCUAGCAUAUAGUGAUGGGAUGCGAGUUGUUGAAUCUGGCAAGCUGUCAACUCAGUCCCUGGCUUCAGAUGGACUAUAUUUUACUGAAUUGGACAGGCCCAAUGGUCAGCUCUGUCUUGAUACUAAGGAGUUCAAUCUUGUAAUCAACAUGGUGGAGGCUGUUGAUCAGGAACGCUAUGGAGAUGCUGCUGAAUGGAGAGAUAAGCUCAGUCAAUUUCGGGCUAAAAGGAACCUGAGGAAAUUUACUUGAGAGGUGCUUUGCUAUCAACUGUCUGCAAAUGAAUUUUCUCACCACGCUCCUGUUACACACACAAAACACACAUUAUGCCAGUGUCUUCUGCCUGUUGAAGUUUGACAACCCUUUUCUGUGACAAUAAAUAUGAAAAUAACAAAUUCUCUCCCUCUCUCUCUCUCUCUCUCUCUCUCUCUCUCUCUUUUCCUUGUUUCAGUUAUUACUGAAGAAUUUAGUUGUAGAUAAAAUCAUUGUUCGAAGCUGAUGAAUCUACCACAACAGUAGUAAUCAGUUAUGUCUCCCUUUCUCCAAUAUGUACGCAACAAGUAUGUGAAUAUUUGUACAGUUAGAUUUAUAAAUUAGUAAUGUAAUG